AAAAAGGAGGCGGGUCAGCGGUGAAUAGUCAGAACGCUGACAGAACACUGACUAUAUAGCCGGGGAGAGGAACCCUAGCAUAAUUUGUUAUAAUGGCUGCAAGCACUGUACCAUUAGACACCCAUAAUGGUACUCUUCUCAAUGAACUUGAGAUCGGGGAUAUGGUGGAAUUUCCAAGAGGCUUGUAUUCACACUGGGGUGUAUAUAUAGGCAAAGGAAAGAUUGUGCACCUUUCAGGAGGGGACAAUGACGGCAUCAAUGCUUUUAACUCCGGAAGUGUUUUUACGAUCUGUGGGAAGAGUUUCAACAAAGCAUUUGUGAGGGUUGAUGACUUUUGUAGAGUUGUCCUUGGCUGUAAGGCAAAGAAAAACAACGGAAAGGACAGGAAGUGCACGCCCCGCCAAGCACAUGAGAUAUUGGAGAUUGCUCUGGACAAGGUUGGAGAGAUAGGCUAUAAUGUUCUGUGGAAUAAUUGUGAACAUUUCGCAGCCUUCAUUAGAUAUGGAGAAAAGUGGUCUGAGCAGGUUGAUACUGCUCUAACGUGGACUGUGGCAGCUGGUGCUGUAGCAGUCGGUGGACUUUUGUUAUACAACCUUUUCAAGGGUUCAGAGGAAGAAAAAGAAUCAAAGAAAUAGUGAAAAGUUGCAACUGAUGAUGCAAAAUUUAAGGGAAAUGUUAUCAGAGAGAUUCGAGAUAGAUUCGUGUCAAGUAUGAAAUCUCUUAAAACUCGAAGGUAAUCAAAUUGAAUAUAUAAUGUAAUAUAUAAUUUUGGAAAUUUGAAAAAUGGAACAUUGACACGGAGUUUGAAAAUAAAACUGUAAUUCAUUAUGACAAAGCCAAAUACUAAGUUUCACAUGUAUGUUGGCAUGCAGUAGAAAAAAAAGUAAAGAAAAUAUUUGAUUAUGAUAUUUUGCAGUGUACAAAAGGCAAUAACGUUAAAAAAUGAAUGAAUAAAUAAAAUCGAGGUUGAUAUAUGAGAAUUUCUUAUGUGUAAAGGCCUUUAUUCUCAAAGGUCAGCAGUAAGGAAAAAAGUCAGGUAAACGGUUAAUUAUGUAAACUUUCUGUGUGCAAAGUUCCAUAACUCUAGCAUAAAAUGGUAUUUUGACACAUGGUUCAAACUCAGUCUGUUGUUUCAUAUAAGAAAGCCUUAUUAGAGGAAACAAAUUGAUGUAGCAAGCGGUAGCGUAAAAAGCCUGGAGAUCAUGUCAUUACGGGAAUUUCCUAUGUACAAAGGGCCAUAAAUCCAGCAAAAAAUAGAUGACUGAACGGAAAACUGAAAUGUGACUAACACGGCCCACGCUGAUAACGACACUGACGACAAAGUCACCCAUUAAUGUUCGCCACGCUUAGCAGGCAACACAACAAACUGAUUUUUGUAUAUUAUAUCAUUUUCAUCUCUCUACUGUGAAAAUGUAUCGCUUAUCACGUUGAAUCUUAAUUAGGU